GCCCCGCGCCCCGCGCCCCGCGCCCCGCUCGCGCACGCUCAUUGCGCCGACUCGGCGUCCAACGUCACACACGCCUUUGUAAAAUCUAGAUAGCUAUGAAUUAUUAUGUUAACCCCGUGCUAGUGAAUUACCCUUUAAUUGUCCUGAUGCCUCAAGAGCCCGGAGGUCCGAACCAAGACGCCGAAGAUAAGAACACUGAGGUACGUCUUCCACCUGGACCCUACCCGCCCCUAUGGCCCGACCCCAAAGGGCCCAAGAAGCGCUACAAGUACUGCAUAGUGCCGGAGUGCAAGUCCACCACGACGCGCACGCCGGACAAGCUGUUCUUCAGCAUCCCCACCGGCGAGACGCGCGGGCGCUGGUGCGAGGCGGCGGGCCGCGUGCCGCCCAAGUACAAGCCGCUGUCGCUCAUGUGCAACCGCUUCUGCUGUGAAGACCACUUCGAUCUUGAAAAGGACAUGGAAAACUACUUACAGUGGAAACUGAUGGGCAGGAAGGGAACUAAGAAACUAAUUCUGAAACAAGGCGUACUUCCACACAAGUUUGCCUGUCGGGAUGAACCUACUCCGGCAGUGAAAGAGAAAAGACGCAAAAAACUCAUAGAAGAGAUUCUAGAAGAAGAUCGACAGAAAGAGUUGAAAGAAAUUUCAGACCAAAGAAAGAAAGAAGAGAAAGAAAAAAACAAAUGGAAGCUACCAGAACUCCGACCCAAAGAAAUGCCAAAAGAAAUUCCAAAGUAUGAGAUGAUCACAGAAUAUACGAUUUCGGAAAAAAAAAAGAAGAAAAAAAUAAUUUCGAAAAUUUCACGCCAAAGAAAGAAAAAAGAGAAGGAAAAAAAAGAAUGGAAGCUACUAGAACUCCGACCCAAAGAAAUGCCAAAAGAAAUCCCAAAGUAUGAGAGGAUCUCAGAAUAUACGAUUUCGGAAAAAAGAGAGAAGAAAAAAAUAAUUUCACGUCCAACACAAGUGAACUCUAAACACCAAGAGAUGGAGACAUACACGUUUUAUAUAAAAUGUGAAACGGAAAAUGAUUUAGAACCAAACGAUGGCUGUGGACCGAAAGACAUUGUCUUUCAAGAUGCUAACACAGCAGUUCAAGAUAACAGCCACUCGCUUGAAAUUAAUGUCAAAGUCGAGGAAAUGGAUGAGGAAUUUGAACGAGAAUUAGUAGAUGUAGAAAUGAAAGAAAAUAUCAUAAAAGAUGAAACAAAUAAUACAGUAACAACUGAAGUGAAUCCUGUUUUAACAGAAAAUAACACUCUCGUGAUAAAUAAAACAGAUAAUUUGAUAAAUGACGCAAUUUCCAACAUCUCUAACGGUGAUAAAGGCGAUGAUGAUUGUGACCCGAUUAUUAUCAAGGAAGAAAUUCAAGAAAUUAUAGAAGACAGGACAAAUCCCGUCUCAAUUAAAACGAACGAUUUCUUGAUAACUGAGAAUGUUAGAGAUAAGAAAGUGUUCGAAAGGGUAAUAAUGGGAAAACGAACGCAAGAAAUUAUUGAAGAGUAAACCGAAUAAGCAUAUUAAUUGACAAAUCAUCUUUUGUAAAUAGCUUUUGAGUUUAAAAUUGUGAUCAAAUGAUCAUCAAGAGUCAAGACUAAGUACUUAUAAUUAAAAUAUCUUAUAUAAACAUUUUACGUAGCUAAUGAAAUCGUAAAAAAGUUGCAUGAAUAUUAGACAUAAGCAGAAAAAUCUCACUGACUGUAUUCUGGACCAAGUAAAUAAAUAGUUAAGAAUUC